AUGUUCGCGUAUAAAGCCCUGUCCGCCUAUCUCACCUUCCCCAACGAAGAUCAGAAGCAAUGGUGGGAGGAUACAGCACCGUUAUAUGCAGGAUUCCUUAACGUGGCUCAGUAUGAUGUUGAGGCUCAACUCAUACACUUGAUGUUCCAUUUUCGAUACGUUCUCCCAUCACUUGGGCCCUUCCCGAAGAAUGAAGAGAAGCGUACCAACACGGUGAUGCCGGGCGGUCGACUGUUCGAGAUCAGUCAGAAUUUCCAGAAGGGUCAGUCGACUAUUCGAUUCGAUUACGAACCUGUGAGAUCUGGGCCAGGCUUGGUGCAAGAAGAGAAUCGAUUGAACUCGAGCGCCCUGGCGGAUGCUUUAUUCGACCUCAAGUGUAACGGGCUCUGUCCAAACACUAUUUUAUACGACCGUUUUGAGAGGGAAUUUUUUUUGACCCCCAAUGAUUUUGCUCUGGUCGAAAGCAAGAAUGUGUCACAAACCGCUACGACCCAAUAUGUCGUCGCAUGGGAUCUUCACAGGUCUAACCGAAAAAUGAAGAUGUAUUGGUUCCCAGCAGUCAAAGCAUCGGCAGCCAGCCAAUCGAAAGGGUCAUUUGUACUUGAUGCGAUCCGCAAAGUGGACUUGGAGGGUUGUUAUACAAAUUCACUCCUCGUAGUGGAGCAGUGGCUGUCAGCUACAGGACUGGAUGAUGAUCUCUGGAUCCUUUCGUGGGACUGCGAGAAGCCCGGAUCUUCUCGAGUGAAAUUAUACGUCUCCGCAAAGGACAUUACGCUGGAGGCUUUGGAGGAUGUCUGGACGUUAGGUGGCAGAGUGACGACUCCUGCUACGCUGGAUGGAUUGGCACUUCUUCAAGAACUCUGGCAGGCACUCAGGCCCAUGGAGCAAGAUACGGGAAUUCGGAUGACCAUCAGCUAUGAGCUGGUCCCAGGCAGCGACGCUCCACAACCAAAGGCGUAUCUACCUUUGUCCGAUAGGAAUGAUAUGGAAUUGGCCAAGAAAUUGUCUUGCUUCUUCAAACGACUUGGAUGGAUGGAGCUAGCUCAGUCGUACACAGAGAGCCUAUCUUCGAAUUACCAUAUGUUGGAUUUGGCUGAGACCAAGUAUGUCCAGGACUGUAUCUCGUUUGCUUUUACACCAGAGAAAGGAGCGUAUAUGUCAAUGUAUUACUGCUCAUCACUAUCCCAUCCCCUUCUCAACUAA